UGGCAGUGUGGCCCCAUUAAAUAUAAGUCAGCUGUGGAACCUCGUGUACUAGUAUAAUCCCCACCCCUCGGUGCCCUUCACUUUUCUGUUCAAUCAAAGAGACAUCGCAGAACGCUUCCCGCAACUUUUUCAAUUGCUUACUUGCGAUCCGUGCGCCUAGUGGAAAUGGAUAACAGCGCUACACAGGAUAAUUCAUGCCACGAACCUCGCGACAUGGAAAAAAGGCAGUUUGCAGACUUGGAAAAGGUUGGGGGACUAGCUGCAGAAUAUGAAUCGACUGAGGAAGAAGAAACCUUGCGUCCCGCCGAGGCUGCGCUUGAGAUGCUUAUCGUUGUCCUUAACUGGUCACUGUUCUCAGCGCUGAUAACCGGGUCAAUCUGGGCGUUACAGUUAAUUUCGCCACGACCAGAUGCCUCUAUGCACGACCCUUCGCCACGUCAUGCGCUCUCACCGCUCUCACACGGUGUCCUAUUCGUCGGCAGCAUACUAAGUUUCUCCGUCGCAUUCCUCAUCGUUCUGGGCAAGAGCCUCAUGGGCCAGUACACGCUCACCCUGAGACUGCCGCCGUUUGGCCUCCGUAGCCUCCCCAAGUCUAGGGUUCAAGAUUUGCGUGCGAUACCAACAUCCAUGCCCACAUGGUUCAUGGGGAUCCUGAAGUCAUUGAGGUUUAUCCUUCCACUUAUCCAGUUUUUGGUUACUGCGGCACUACUCGCGAUCUACUGGCUCAAGGCUUAGUCACUUGCCCUUCCAAGGCCACGAACAGGCUUCUUCCUUCAUAGUCUUUGCCAAUCUUUCUUACUUUCUUGAUACGAGA